AUCUACUCCACUCCUCCCUUUCUCUCUCUCCCUCACCUUCCCUCUCCAGUUUCACACCUCUUCUUCUUCUUCUUCUUCGUUUCUUCCCAUUUUUCCAUUGUUUUCAAGAGAUCAGUCACAGCUGCGCAGCGUAGAAGAAGAAGAAGAAGAAGAAGAAGAAGAAGAAGCAGUAGCAGUAGCAGCAGAAGUAGCUUGAGAGAGAGAGAGAGAGAGAGGGAGAGAGGAUGUCGCUGGGGAAGAGACCGCGCCAGAUGAAGAGGACGACGAGCAUGACGGAGAUCACCUUCGAUCUGAGCAUCAACGACGAGGCGGCGGCCCCCCCGCCGUCCAGGAAGGGCCACAAGCCGGCGGGGCCCGGCGAGGGUUGGGAUCCGCGGCUGGUGAUGCCCGGCCCGGCCUCGCCGAGGCCCCACCGGCGCCACUCCUGCGAGAUCAUCGACACCGCCGACUUCCUGCGCUCCUGCUCCCUCUGCAAGCGCCGCCUCGUCCCCGGCCGCGAUAUCUACAUGUACAGAGGUGACAGCGCUUUCUGCAGUCUCGAGUGCCGGCAGCAGCAGAUGAAGCAGGACGAGAGGAAAGAGAAGUGCUCGUUCGCGUCCAAGAAGGAAUCCAUGGCAUCCUCUCCCGCCUCCACCGCCGCCAAGGUCUCCGCCAAAGGCGAGACCCCGGUCGCCGCCGUGUAGCCCCGGCCUCCUCCGUCCGACGCCGGUGGCCGGACGCCUAUCCUAGAAAACGAUUUUUGUCUGCGCUGCUCGUGCACACAGACCUGGGAAUCUCAUGAAUAUAUCUCCUGAGCUAGAGAAAAAUUUAAAGAAACCUAGAAAGUUUUAUUUUGUGGGUGGAAGCAAAAGAAGCCAAAUUUAUUGGAGAAAGCUUUUGGGAACCAUUAUUCUUAGGUUCAUCCAAGCAAAUUGCAAAGUUCUAUGCCCA